AUGGUCUUGGCUUGUCCUAUAUCUCGUUCUGUUAUCUUUCCUUUUAUACCCGGCUCCUUAUCGUCUCAUAUCCGGAAAUGGGACCUAUUUGUUCCUUCGUUAUCUCGAGUUUCGAUUCAAACUAAGGCCUCAAAUUUCAGACCAUUUGAGCGUGCAAAUCAACCGCAUCUCUGGGAUCUCGGCUCUGACCGCUAUUUGCACUUUCCGGCAACGCAUUCGAAACAGAACGAGUAUUUACACUGGGCUUGCAACGUGACGUCAGACACCGAGGACGAGUCCGAGGAAUGGCUCGAGGAUUGGUUACAGAACCGGGCUUCGAACGCCGGCCUCGACGUCAAUUUCGGGAAACAGGGUAAGUUUACAAACUCUAGACAUAUGUAGUAUAAGAGUAGGUCAACAAUUGCAUUAGGUAGAUUGGGUUACUGCACAUUAUAUUACAGUAGCCGACUUUACGAAGAAAAAUUCAAGCCGCCUGUUUUAGGAUAUUAUCCCAGACAUAUCUACGAAACGUUUAAGAGACCGUUUGCGUCAUAAAUAAAGAGAAAAGGACUUCUUGACUUUGUUUUUGAGUUUUGGCUGAUAUUAUAUGCAAUACAACGUUUGUGGUUUCAAUGGUUGUAGACUGUACACGUUUUAUGUCUUUAUAAAUGAGUUUAUUGAUGUCAUUCACUUGAAAUUAUGUUAGGACGCCGUUUCGGCAAACAUUUAAGAGUUAAUCUUUGUUGCCUUGCAUUUUAUUUAUUCACUUUAUCCAUGCUAAUUGCAGAGCCCCACGGAGAGUCGCUGACGAAUAAUAAAUAUUCAGACCGGGAUUUAUUCGAUUUGGUCAACCGGACAUUCGAAAUGACAUCUUUUGACCAACUUCUGAAAGAUCAGAGUCUUCUUACGAAGAAGUCAUUACAAUUAAACAGUCUGAAUAAAACCAAUAAUCAGAGUAACAACUUUUUGAGGAUAUUCAAGUCAGAAGGGAAGAAGCUGCCCGAACAACAAAGUGUGGAAGAGGACGACGAGGACGAUGAACAUGAUGAAAUUGAUGAAGAUGACCUGAAAGAAGACCAAGAUCUCAAUUCAAGUCAAGUAAUUUCUGAGAACAUGGAAGAACAGUACUCAAGAGAGCGACUUAAUUUAUGUUCUGGUCUCAAGUCGUGCAGACUACUUUAUGGAUUCGACUUUGAUUUGCCGAUUUCGGAUAGUGAUAUGGCCAAAUACGAAAAGUAUGUCCAGUUGGGUCAAAAGAAUGUUGAGGAUGUCCAGAAGGUGGAUACGGCUGGAUCUCUGAGUUCCUUCAGCCGGCUCCCUCUCAUCUUCCAGUUCCAACACUUCUUUUAUACCAUCGACAGUGUGUUCUCGGUAAGGUUUGAAUUCAUUUUUUCGGUAAAUAAUGCCUUCAUCUGGGAAUAUUUUGAAAUUUCAGACAGAGUUGGAUGACAUUCCGGAGAAAUCGAUGAAAAUCUACAGAGAUAUCAUCCGCAAACAGGUUUUUGAACCUUCCGCUCAGGCCAGAAAAUUAUACGAACAAUUCAAUUAA